AUGCCUGUACAAGGCAUCAGAACGGUAGCUAAGGCCAGGAACGGCGUGGGCGCUUUCAUCCUACAAUGCAAACGUUUGGAUUUCCAUUACUGUGACUGGGCUGGUAGCUCGAGAGGCAUGGUCGCUUUCCUGAAACACUCUCUACCCUCCUUCGCCAAAGCCAACCCUCAGAUCGAAAUUCGAGUAUCACCACGGCCGCACAAACAUCCGGUAAUCAAAGGUCACUAUAUCAACGGACGAGAGAAAGCGAUAUGCGUUCGGAAUAUGGAACCUGAGCAGAUCCUGAAGAAGGCGAAUCUGCUCAAGGAAGCCAGCGGCGAGAAGCUCAAGCGCACCAAGAAACCCGUCACCAGUAUCAACGAGAGUGUAAGAGGCAUCUGGUCCCCGUACCACGGAGAUCUCAAGAUGGUAUGA